AUAUCGUGUUCACGUCCUUUUUAUACUUCGUCUCCCUACAUCUCCUAGAAUUCCACGCUUCCUGCACCCAAUUCUUCUGCUUUGUCCUCCUUGAACCCUCCCUCCCUUUCUUUCAUGUUCGAUUUAGGUUUUCAGCCCUUUUAAUUCCAUAUAUAGAUGAGGAAAGCAUAGUCAACCUAGCUACUGUCUUGGUCUUCCCUCAGACUCUCUCAUCUGUUUAAGACCAAAUACUUCAGAACUUUCUUCAUCAAUUUCUCCCUUCCUUGCUUAUUCUUCGUUCUUUUAGUCUUUUAUCUUUUCCGCUUGCCAGGAAUAUCUGUUACACCAUCAUCUAGAACUUAUAUCGGCCCCUCAACAAGCUACAGAGAACUAGGUUUUUUGGUGCUUCACAAUGUGGACGAUGGGUUCUGGCGAUGGCAGGGAGAUCACUAACCUCUCUGACCCAGUCCCUGGUUUUAAGCUUCGGCCCCUCAUUCCAAAGCCAACAUCUGUUAUCCCCAGAAAUACUAUAAUUUCUCCAAUAUUGGCCCCUCCUUAUCAUGAUAAUUGCAGCACUCAUUUCACCAGUACUCUUUACUCAUUGAAUCACCAACCAGGCCGUUAUGUAACUGAACAAUUUAGGACAAAUUUCAACCCGCAGCCAUUGGUGACUACUCGGUGGAAUCCAACUUCGGAGCAGCUUGUGGCUCUUGAAGAUUUGUAUCGGCGUGGAACACGAACUCCAACAGCUGAGCAAAUCCAUCAGAUUGCAGCAUAUCUUCGAAGGUUUGGAAAGAUUGAAGGGAAGAAUGUUUUCUACUGGUUUCAAAAUCAUAAAGCGAGAGAGAGGCAGAAACGUCGGCGUGAAAUGGCAUCACAUUUACCAGAGCAGCAACACGGUAGUAGCAGUCCAACUGAGAAAGAAUCGGCCGUGACGAGGAGGACUGUGUAUAAAGUUAGACAAGAGAAGAAGUGGGCACCUCUUCUCAACUGCAGUGAGCUUAAGGAGGAAUCUGCGACGUCGAUGAAUAAAGCAGAAGCAAUAGCAGCUGAAAGAUUCACACCUGGUUGGUGGGUUCAGUUUGAGGAGAGAGAAUCAAAACAGCAGAGAAGAAGCACAGGAGAUAGGCGUGGUGGUACGUGGCAAAGUACAAAGACGCCUUGUUCUCCUCCCAUCAAAACCUUGCCCAGAACAGCUACUUUAUCAGACACAAAGCUCUUAAACAGUCAUUAUUUUAUGUCGUUGACACCCGACAAAGAAGAUGUUUCCCAUCUUGGAGAUCAAAUUAGAAGCUGUGAAUCUAAAACUCUUAACCUCUUUCCGCUCCCCGGUAAUGAUAAUUCGGAUGGUAACGAUCAUGUUUCUAGGACGAACACCAAAGUGCCCAUCACGUCUAGGGGUGACAGCUUUGCUGCAAACCAAUUUUUCGAGUUUCUUCCUCUUAAGAUCUGAGGAAAACAGCCAGCCGAUCCAUCAUGUGAUCAGAAACGAGUUCAUGCUAACCACCUUGUACGUGUACGUACAUGAGAUGUAUCGAUCAUGCAUGGUUAACUAGUAGUUAUCUUGCUAAGUAGAGAGAGAGAGAGAGAGAGAGAGAGAGAGAGAUGCAUGGUAAUUCAGAUUAAUGUCUCUCCACUAUGCCGGAAAUGGAAAAUUAGUAGGAUUAUUGUGUUUAUAAUAUUGUAUGCAUGGUGCAAGAGUGCAAGGGAAGAUAGAUCAGCACGUCGUGCAUGUGGAAAUGUUGUUAAUUUCUUGCCUAGUCUAAUGAUCAGAGAAUUAUCAUGCA